AUGCCUUCCAUGGAAACCCCAUCAUUACCUACAGACGAUUCCAUUUUCCGAUGUACGGGAUGCGGAGACCCCAUUCUCGAUCGGUUCGUUCACAAAGUGUUGGAUCGACCGUGGCACUCACGUUGCCUCAAGUGCUCAGACUGUGGCAUCCAAUUGGCAGGCAAAUGCUUCUCAAAAGGAAACAACGUAUUUUGUAAAGAUGAUUUCCUCAGACGAUUUGGUACAAAAUGCGACUCGUGUGGGGUGAUGAUACCCCCAUCGGGAGAGAUAAUAAGAACCGACACCACCGCCUACCACCCACGUUGUUUCGUGUGCAAAAUAUGCAAAACUGACCUUGACCCUGAAGGUCAGUUUUACAUAGCAGACGACAAUCGCCUCCUGUGUAAAUAUGACUAUAACGCUACAAGGCAGAACUUAACCCAGAACCAAACGGCCAGCGACAAUGUUAGCAACGCCCCAUCUUCAGGCGGCCAUCCUAACUCUGACGAUGAGGGGGAUAAAGGAGACAAAAGACCCAGGACCAAUUUAACACCUCAACAGUUUGACGUUCUCAAAAAGACAUACAAACACACUCCCAAACCCACCCGUCAACUGCGGGAGGAUCUGGCCAGUCGAACCGGGCUCGAUAUGAGAGUCAUCCAAGUAUGGUUCCAAAACAGACGUGCUAAAGAAAAGAGGCUAAAGCGUGAGGGUAAAUGGACAGGCGAGCCAGGUGCUGAUGGUGACGCUGACGAUGAUGAGGCUGGUGAAAGUCCUCCACACAGUAGUGAUUCCCCUGCGCCUCCACUGACACCUGCCAAGAAAAGACCGGCUCCAGCUCCAGCAAACGCCAAUGGAGGUCGUGCUAAGCCAACAGCACAGAAUGGAUCAAACCAAGAUGGAGGCUUCUCUCCUGCCAAGAAGUCACGAGGUGAGAGCGUGAUCAACAAAGAUGUUGUCCUUUACAACUAUGAUACCCCACCAAUGGAGAAUUACGGUCAAGAAAACGGAUACGGCUUCAACAGCUACACAGACAAUCAAGGCGAGCUACAGGCAACCGUACCGUUUACAGCAGAGUCUGCUCUGGGAGGGUCGGAUUAUCAGGGUUUGUUGGGGAUUAAUGACACCAUUGUGACGUCGUCAUCACAAUCCUGGAACUCUGAUAUAACAUACACAAAUCUAGCAAUGCUUUGAAAUAACCAGAUUUUACCGGGGUACACACGGGAAGGGGUUACACCCGUGUACCAAAUGGGUAGCCUUUCCCGUUGAUGUGGACAUAACGAAAAUGACGUUAUAGUUCUGUUCGAGACCCUGGUAAAGUGAUAGCUAUGUUCAAUCAAGGGCAUAAUAGUAACAACCAUUGUGAAUUUGGGGACCUUCUCUACAAGCUAUAGCUAGGAGAUUGUACAUUACUACCGCAAAUGGGAGAACUGAAGACACCGCGCAGAUUUCCCAAAAGCAUGAUGCCUGGGCUACUAAAGACAUUAUUUCAAAAAUAAAAUGCAGACCGAAAUCAAUAUUCGAAAAUGCCACAGAUAAUGUAAUGGAUCCAGAGCUUAUGCUCAGAAUUACAAUAUGUAACAAAAUUAAAACAGUAUUUCGAGACCAACGUAGUUCUUGUGUUUAUAGUCCACUUUUUAUUUGUAGACUAUGAACGAUUAGUAGGUCCUCAAUUUGUAGGUCCUAGGUGCAUACAUAUAUUGGUGCAAUGGUUUAACCAAAAAGGUGCAACUGACGAGCUAGUCGACUGAGAUGUGUUACAUGCAAUUCUUGCCUAAAUUCUUCCAAACAAACCAAAGUGAAUUCUCUGGAGAAAAUUCAUUUCGUUCAGGGUAAAAUGAGUUUUUCCCGGGAAGUAUCAAAAUUGAGUUAUUGAGGAUGACCUUUACUGCCAGAUUAACAAUAUUCCAUACAAAAUUGGUGCAGACUGAAAUGACGACGAUCUUUAUUACUGUACAGAUAAGGUUGUCUAAUCGAGUUGUUUAAGUUGAAACAUUUUGCUCAGAAUAAGGGAGUUGUGUAAUAUGUAUUUAUAUAUUUAUUAUUUAAUUUAUUCAUUCCGUAAUUAUUAGCCUAGUUUGGUACAAUAAGUACAAUAUGUGGCAUGAUUGUAGAGUAAAUGAUGUAAAUAUUCUGUUUUAAAUUACUGGAAGAACGUAUAUUACUAUAAGUAAUCCACCAUUCCAUAAGUAACCCCUUCCAGACCAAUCAUAAAUAUAUGCCACAUGGUUUGGUAAUGGUAUACAAGGGGUUAACCUGUAUUUUGUUAUUAUAGUAUAUUUAUCCAGAAAAUGUUGUAUAGUACAUUUCCAGUGUCAAGUAAUUCAACGUUUGGCCAAAGUGUAUAUUAUUUUAUACAAGUCUCAAACAGGGUUUUUGAGAUGCAUGAUUAGAAUCUCAAGUACGCAUAUAUUUGCUCUAUAAGUAUUAAGUAUAAACAGUUUGAACAUGGUGCAUUUGAAAUGUUUUAAUGCCAUAUGAUGGGUUUCCAACUUUCCAGAGAUUAGUGGAAUAUUAAAUGGUCAUUAUUUCUCCAUCACAAAAUGAGAAAAUGUGAAAUAAAUGUUUUAUUACGAUUGAUGCCUAUCCAUGACAACACUAUGUUUUAGUAGUUUAUAUUUAGAAAGUAGAGCAGUAUUUAUGAGGUCCCCCUAAAAAGUAUUCUUUAAAAUUGAAUAAUUUGAUUGAUAAAUAAUAUCACAUUUAUGACAGUUUAAAUAGUUUUAGAUGUAAAAACAUAUAUACAUUGAAGGCUCAUACUACUAAAGAAAUACCCUUAUGAGAGAUUUAGCAAAGCUGUAGGGCUUUAACCAUACAAGUUGCUGUAUAUCAAAAUGCAAAUUAUUCAAUUUAUCGAAUUAAUGAAUAACAGGGGGAUGUAUACAAAAUACAUGGUGCCUAUAUAUAAAGUAUUUGUACAUUCCUAGCAUUUACGUGUUUAUAUUUAUCAUGUACAUGUAAGCAGUUAAAAUAGUAACUCUAUAUUGUAGACAUGUCACACUGAUCAGUAUUUCAUUGUGUCACACUGAGAAGUAUUGCAUCAUGUCACACUGAGCAGUAUUGCAUUGUGUCACACUGAUCAGUAUUGCAUUGUGUCACACUGAGCAGAAUUGCAUUGUGUCACACUGGGCAGUAUUGCAUUGUGUCACACUGAGCAGAAUUGCAUUGUGUCACACUGGGCAGUAUUGCAUUGUGCCACACUGUGCGACAUGCAUUGCAUUGUGCCACACUGUGCGACAUGCAUUGCAUUGUAACACACUGUGC